AUGGUCUUGGACCUGAAAGUAGAAAGACACUACCAAGCUCCGCCAAGAGAAGUAUCGCACAGUAUUCGCCGAAGCCCCAACGCAAAAAUCAAACCAAGAGUCCUGCUGAAUAUCGAGAGCAACGUCGUCUUAAACAAGAACGCUACCGAAGGAAACAAACACAACGCGAACACGACCUCGCGAAAGUAG